GAGUCAUCACAGAAUGCGUCAUGUCAAUUUGGUCUUAUUAACGUGUGAAUAAUACCAAAUAAAAUUGCAUCUAUUCUGCAGUUUACUUUUCAUAUAUUUAUGUUUUAUUUGUUUAUUAUUUGAUACUUAUACCAUAAUAUAUAUUCAAAUAUGCACCGUAAGGAAUGUACUUGAACUCCAUUACACUUGUCAAGUAUUUAACCUCUGAAAAAUAAUUAUUUGUUUACCUACUUCAUUUAUGUUAAUUUUAAUUCGGCAAGUAAAAUCGAAGGAAUGAUUAUUUCGUUCUGAAAUGUCGUAUCAGGAUUCACCGUUCUCGACCAUGUAUGGUCAGGACGAUUACGACAUUGAUGAAGAUAAUGAGGAGUAUUUGGAAGAUGAUCGUGAUGCUGAGGAACAAGACGAGAGCGAUGAAGAUACUGAAGAAGCAAGCGAGACUGAUCUGGGAAAAUCUGAAGAGUACACAGAGAUAAAGGAGCAAGUAUAUCAGGACAAAUUGGCCAGCUUGAAGAAACAAUUACAACAAUUAAAGGAUGGCACUCAUCCAGAGUAUAAUCGCAAGUUGAAACGUUUGGAGGCUCAAUAUAGAGAGAGACUAAGAUUGAAUAUAAUUUACCGAGAUUAUCUGACAGAGUCUGUGGAACGAGAUUAUAUAUUGGAGAAGAAAGCAGCAGUUAAAGAAUUUGAGGAAAAGAAGAUAGAUUUAAAAGAGAACUUAUUAACUGACAUGGAGGAGAAACGGAAGAUGAUAGAAAGUGACCGACAUACUAUGGAACUCACAGGAGACUCAAUGGAGGUGAAACCUGUAAUGACAAGGAAAUUACGAAGACGUCCCAAUGAUCCUGUUCCUGAGAAAGUAGAGAAACGAAGGAAACCUCCUCCAGCACAAUUGAAUUACCUCUUAGAUGAGAAAGAAAUUGAGAGUGAUUUGAAAGCUAUUAGUCGGGGUAAAGUACUGACUACUGUUCGAAAACCAGCGGUAUUUCCGCAUUUUAAUGCGGUAAAUAUGGCUUCACAACAUAUUCCUACACCUACUGAAACACCCUUAGUAGAAACUAGGAUAGAGGACGGAAAACUUCUGCAUGAAAGGCGAUGGUUUCAUCGUGGGCAACCUGUGUACGUGGAAGGAAAGGAUUUAACAAGAUUCGCGGCAAAUAUUUCCGCUAUUGGAACCGAGGCUAUCUGGGUGAAGAAAGUUUCAGACGGGAGUAAAGUGCGAAUAUAUAUAUCCCAGUUGAGUCGGGGGAAGAUUUCAAUUAAAAGAAGAGCAUCCUAAUGAAACCGAUCGUUGUUAUGGAUGAAAAAGUGUACAGUAACUUUUAAGCUUGUGAUAUAUUAGAUUUAUAGUUUAUUCGAGGUCUGUUUUUUAAAUCCAAUAUAGUUUUUACUGUAUUUGUCUUUUUCUAUCAAUAAAACCAAACUUUUUGGUGAAACUGUAAUACUGUAUACAUUCAUGUAGAAUAAGAGAAAAAAUAACAAAGACAUCGAGAUUAAAAUAACGGAUGGGUACUCUAUCAUGCUGGAAGGAAAUUAUCAUAAUUGCUUUGCGUGUGAAACACGAACGAAAAUUGUCGAGCACAAAUUAAAUUUUUCUUUUUAUAUACAAAGAGGAGCGAGAUAUUCAGAAUGAUUUUUUACCUGUAUAAAAAUUUGUAUUACGUUACGAAGAGUACAGUUAAGUUAGCCGAAUAAA